AUGCCCCCUGGACAAGAAGUGAACCCCCUCCUCCCCGUUGGAGCUCUUGAUUGCCGACUCAUCGCACCUGCUCUGUCAUUGCCUCAGCGGUACUCAAUCAAAGCAACCGGCCACGUCUCAUUGAACUGCGUUGGCCAAAGAGGCUGUGCCUUACCUGCUCGGCCCCCGAGUAUUGUUGGCAGCCCGGAGGCACCCCAUGCCUACUACCCUCCAAGACUAGCGAUCAUUGAUCACCCCUGGCAAGAUCGAUUCGUGAUAUCUCAUCACAACAAGCGCCAGACUGCAGCCACCGAGAUAUUCAAGCUUUUGCGCCCGCAGACUUGCGCGCCCGACGGUCCCGAUUUCCAAGCCAUCACCGGCACCUCGAACGAACGUCCACGCCAAAUCACCCGGAAGGUUGCACAGGGACUUCCAAAAACAGUACCUGCGGGAUCCCCCUGUUCUGCCAACCCACGACCACCUCGAUCGGUUCCAAAAAUUCGGGGUGUGAGCCGAGCCUUCGACGCGGCUACUGGGCUCGCUUUUGCCCUCCUGUUCCAUUGCAGUCACCACUCGGUUCGACCGGUCGUGCGCUGCAGUAACCUCUUCACAUAA